AUGGCGGCGCCGCCGCCGCCUGCGGCCGGGCCGGGCCCAGGUCCGCCCUCAGCGCCCGCGGGGCCCGGAGCGGCGGCGGGGCCCGGAGCGGGGCCGGGGCCGCCCCCGGGGGCCGCGCAGGGCCCCGCGCUGCCCGCGCAGGCGGCGACGGCGCAGGCGCAGGACUUUGAUCCCGUGCAGCGCUUCCGGCUGCUGCUGCCGCAGCUGAAGGAGAGCCUGCAGACCCUGAUGAAGGUGGCGGCUCAGAACCUGGUGCAGAACUCCAGCAUCGACAACGGGCAGAAGAGCGCUGACGGGGCCCUGCAGCGCUUUGACAAGAGCCUGGAGGAGUUCUACGCCCUGUGUGACCAGCUGGAGCUGUGCCUGAGGCUGGCCCACGAGUGCCUGGCGCAGAGCUUCGACAGCGCCAAGCACGCCCCGGCGCUGGUGCCGGCGGCGCCCAAGGCGGAGGGGGGCUCGCUGGGGGGCUCGCUGGGGGUCCCGGGGGGCCUGGGGGGCGCCGAGAGCCUGCCCUACACGCAGUACCUGCCCCUGAUCAAGGCGCAGAUCGCCGGCGCCAAGGACAUCCACAACGCCCUGCUGGAGGGCACCAACAAGAUCACGGGCAGGCUGCCGCCCCCGGGGGGGCCCUGAGGGGUCUGGGGGGUCCUGGGGGGUCUGGGGGGGUCCUUGGGGGUCCUGAUGGGGUCUGGGGGGUCCUGGGGGGGUCCUUGGGGGUCCUGAUGGGGUCCUUGGGGGUCCUGAUGGGGUCUGGGGUCUCUCACGGGCAGGCUGCCACCCCCAGGGGCGCCCUGAUGGGGUUUGGGGGGGUCUGGGGGGUCCUGGUGGGGUUUUGGGGGGUCCUGAUGGGGUUUUCAGAGUCCUGUUCACAUUUUGGGGGGUCCUGGUGGGGUUUUGGGGGGCCGAGACCCCCGGGACACCCCCAGACCCCCAGAGCAGUUCUGGGGGUGGGAGAGGGGGGAUUGAGGCAGGGGCUGGGUCGGUUUUGGGGCCUGGCCCCCCCUGUGCUGAUUCGGGGGGGUUCUGGGGGGUUUUGGGACCCCAAAUCCCGGGUUGAAGCGUUUUGGGGUAAAACUUUGGAUUUUUGGUAAAUAAACCCGCGUUUUGUGGCUCCA